ACUAUUUACUAUUUUCAGUAAUUAAUCAAAAUAAAAAGCAAAAACAAUUUUCGAGUUUGGAUCUCGGCUCUGACUUGAGACUGCAGGAUGUCCCUGAGUCCACUCAGCUCUGACGGGUACUUGACUCAUAUAAGGGAGAGUAAAGGCUGCUGGACAUAGUGCUGCCCAAACCCACCGUCCUUUCAUAUGCUAAUGCUGAGGAAAAUGUUGUCUGAGGAUGAACAUGACCUAUUGCUUAAUGCAACAUUUCAAAUUAUUGACUCAAGUUUAGAACCACAUAAAAUUUUAGAUGAGGCUUGUGCUUUAUCCAAAAGAUUAAAACUUGAAAAUGAAACAUCGGAUUCAUUAUCACUUACAGAAAAUUAUUUUUCGCUAUUUCAACAACAUGGACUGGGGUCUAGAAUGGAGAUUCCAGCGCCUACAUUAGCUACUCAGAUAAUUAACUUGUCACAAGAAUGCAAGCAUCAAGAAAACAAUGUGUUAUUAAGUGACGUUUUACUGGCAAAAUUUAAUACAAUUUUGUGUGCUUUAAAGUAUCAGUCAAAAGAAUCUUUUGAUGCUAACUUAUUUGCUUCAAUGAUUACUAAGCAUGAAUUACCACUAGAAAUUCUAUGGAACUUACAUAAGUGUUCUGCUCUAAAUUUGGAUGUCUACUUAUCAAGCAAGCUUCUAAAUGAGGCAUCUUAUACAGAUAAACUUGCAAAGAAAUUGUUUGCAUUAUUUAUUGGUGAAAAUGUAAAUCAACAUCGAAGACAGUGUAUUUUAUCAGCUUUUGCUGGCUGCUUGGUCAAAAAAUCAUUUGAAGAAAAAAAAGCUCCGGAAAAAAGGGCCUGCACACAGAUUCUAGAUACAAAUUUGAGAGACUUCUUGGAAGUUUACGAAGAUUCACCUGACAUCAACUGCUUAGCUCUGCCCUUACCGCACGAAGAACAACUUCAAAAUGAAACUCUGAAAAAGUUCAACAUCCACGCUCUAUCAUUUCUUCUGUCUUAUAAGACUAACUUCAGUGUAUUUCAGGCCCUUACUGCUGAUACAGAAUGGAAAUCUGCUAAAGAGUUUGGAGUUUUAAGACUACUACUGAAACAUCUGCUCUUGUCUCUAGAUGUGAAAGAAAUUGCAAGUGCUAUGUUUCGGUCCUUAGACCAGCCACACAUCAACCCAACUACAGUGUUCACCCUGCUGUCUGUCAUGUUCAUGUCCUACCCCCAGUGUAAAGAUAUAAUAACAGAUUUUAUCCAGUCAGCCAUUACAGCUAGCUUGGAAAACUCAGAUUUUGAUAAGUUCUGCAUUGGUGUUCUCCUUGCAAGACAAUCCGCAGUAGCUGGUCAGGUUUACUUCGGGAGAUAUGUUGAUUGGUUUGAGUCAGUAUUUGGCAACAGCUGUAGUACACUGGUGCUAACUAAGCCUAUGUUUCUAAUGUUUGUGAAGUUUUUGUCAAAUCUUGUUCCACAUGAAUCAGCUGAAUAUUUGAAGGUUCACAUAACAAAAAAGCCACAUAUGCCUCUGAAGAGUAAGGAAGUAUAUGAUGACUACAUCUUGCUUGCUAAGACAAGGCUGAGAGAUUUAGGGGUACCUCUUAAUGAUGUCUUUGGAAGAAUGUAUGAUCCUGGUCAUGGUGCCACAAACAGCACCACCUCUGAGAGGAGCAGUCUGGAUCCAGUGGAAGAUGAUCUAGAAAAAGUUUUGGAAUCUUAUGCACAAACAGGCAAGAUUCCUACUACUGUUUUAGAGGCCAGUAUUUUUCGCAGACCAUAUUUUGUUGGGAAAUUUUUACCUGCUCUCUUAAAGCCAAGAUUUCUGCCAGAUGAACCAGAUCUGAAGAUGAAACUGAUUGAAGAGAUCAACAAAUCUGGCAGAAUACCAACAUCACUUUAUAACAAAUACACAGCUGAGUGCGAGAGAGAAAAACAAAAUUUAUUUGAUGGUGUGUUUGAUGUUGAUGAUGAUGAUGCGAUGGAUGCACUAGUAUUAUCACCUUAUGAACAGCUGAUUCUACAAUUGGACAAAUACUUUGAAGCUGUCAGCCAAGGAAACAAAGUUGAAGAAAUCAUAAGCAUGAUGAUGGAAACUGUGAGUGGAAUUCUUCAGAAUACGAAAUCACAAAACUCUGCAGACCUUUCUUCUAUACUGAUAGAUUUCACAAAACCUUUACACAUACCAGAAAUAGAGCUAGUAAAAAUACUCAAAGAAAAACUUUUGAAAGUGGUUGGCAAUGUAUUUGAGAAUAAGGAACAACAACCCCAAAGCUUUCAAGUUCUUCAAGGAGUGAAGAAAUUGUUUGAAGUGUUAACCCACCAUCUACCUCAUACAACUGCUAUUAUAAUACAGCAUCUAAUUUCCAACAUUGACUCUCAGGUUAGGUAUAAUUUGUUAAGUUAUUUAGUGUAUCAAGAUGAACAUCACAUUUAUACCUUGGCGUGGAUGUUUGCCAAUCUUACAGCAUGCCAGCCCUCUGGUGUAGUCGUCACUGUUAAGCUCAGACCACAGUUAGAAAACAGCCACGCAGAAAACAGACAUACCUACACUAAUCUCAUUGAAGCUAUUUAUCAUUGCAUCAGUUUACAAAAGACAGUGAGGCUUUACUUUAUCUACAGUUGUUUUAUGAGAUACACACACCUAGCAUUGAGACUACUGGAUUGUGAAGCACAACAAAGAGAAGACGCAGAUGUUUUUGAAGUGGUUCCACAACUUGAAACAGAACAAUUAUUGCCUACAUUACUUGUGCAAGAGAUGUUGCUGCUCAAAAUGAGAUUUAGUUUGUGUGAAAGAUUUCUAAACCAGAGCCAUUUGUCCUCUCAAAUUCUUCCUGAAAAUAUUGAAAGUUCUGUCACAUCAAAUCCAAUAUGGAAAAAAUUGACCUCCAAACUACAGCCAUCAUUGCAGGACUGGAUAAGCUUUGAGAUAAAAAUGGAUGAAAACUGUGAUAGCUUAUCACCAAGUGAAAGAACUUCUGUCUUGUGGAAAAUUAGCUCCCAAUUUUUACAAUCUGCCAAGUUGUCACAGAAACCCUUGGAUUUCCACAGUGAAAUGUUGAGAAUCCUGGCUCAAAAUUUGGCCACCUGCUCAAGUGAGGCACUUUGUAAAGGAAAGAAAAAUGCCAUGGAAGUCAUUAGGAAGUUUAUAAAUAUUUUAAAGCAUCACACAUCACAGCUGUUUCAGAUUGGGCAGGUCACAGAAAAUUGGAUAGCAUCUACUUUACGAUCAUUUAUGUCAUUGCCAUACACAAGUUCUUUAUUAAGGAUCCUGUUAGAGUUGCCUCCCUUUCUGGUCUUUUCUAAUUCUCCUUCCAAAAAGAUAUCAAAGAGUGAUGUAGACUCAGCAUUAUACAUUGUGCAACAAUACUGUAAUUCCAAUCACAAUGAGGGUGGCUUCCUGUCCCUUGGUGCCACUAUGUAUUUUAUGAAGGUACAACAUUUAUUUAUUAACUUUUUGUACAUGAAUCAUCUUGAUAAAGAAACUUCUUGA